UGCUGUUUAGAGUGCUAGGCUUAUGUCUAGCAACUUUGAUCGGUCAAAUUUAAGCUUUUCGAUGGAUCGUCAAACCAAAAAUACAAAUCUUCUAGGUAUUACAAGGAAGCUUAGAAUUUAAAACUUCACAGCGCGGUUUAUUACCAAGACCUUGCUAGCUACAUAUAAAAACUUUCCAGUUAUUAGUCUCUUUUUCCCUUUGAUUAUAAAUUUCUUGAGCUCUGACUGAAUAUUUAUUGACAUGCAAACAGAACGAAGCUAAUUUAACCAUACGUCAUUCAGCUAGCUCAUGAUGAAGACUAACUAACUAGAUGUGUAAUAAGCGGUAACACUAACAUGUCUUUUUUCUUUUCAGGUGACAGAUCACGUCAAAGACGCCGAAGAACAGCGUUUACCGAUAAACAGUUGGAUCGGCUGGAAGAAUCGUUUGCGAAUGAAAGAUUCCCAGGCAUCAAGAUACGCGAGAAUCUUGCAGGAGAACUUAAAAUCGGGGAGGACAGAAUUCAGGUCUGGUUUCAGAACCGUCGAGCUAGAUGGCGUAAACAUGAAAUAAAAAACAAACCCGCUCCAGUUGCCACUGCUUCAGAGAUGCACUUAGACAACCGAGAUUUCAGUGCGCGUACAAUGUUUCAAGCACCAUCUGCCAUUAUACCACACAGUCCGCUGACCCAAACGUCUUUCACGCCGUGGAGCCCAUUUUAUCAUCCGUUUACAACAAAUGCUUCCUGGUUCCCACCCGGCGGGCUUCUCGGCCUGGAGUAUUCAAACAUGUCCUGUGCUGCUUCUCAAGAUUCUAGCAAGACAUUUGUUCCAAAUCCACGCGGAUAUGUUCCAACACAUCUCUCGUCCAGACCCAUUCCUUCACCUGACAGCAGCGUCACCUCUAAGCCCAAGCUCCAUUCCUCCUCUGACUCGGACAGUGAUGGAGGCUGUCACUCUGUCGAUGAUUACCAAGCCGCUGCUACUUUAGCAUCGUUUUUUCAGCGAGAAAAUUAAAACAAUGAAUUAAAUAAAUAAUUCAAGAUACUGCAUCCAGUUACAUCAAUAUUUUUUAAGGCUUUUAGUUUAGCAUUGUCAGUGCACACGCAAUUCGAUUUGCCUUUUUAGACGGAGUGGAAAACUCCUUUUUGUGUCUGUCGAAUUUCAUUUAAGAGUUUCGUUGUUGAAGGAGAUUUUAAUGAAAGAGCAAUGGAAUCGUUACUGUACUUUCUCAUAUGCAACAAAAUAAAGUUUGCUAGAAUGAAUAGUUUUGUUUGUUGAGUCCCAUAGCAGUUAGCAUCUGGAUAUUGUGAUAGUAAAUUAAUUGUCUUGGGUUCGGAAUUAGUACUAAUUUUCACCUUGCGGACUCCCCCUUUGUACGUCUACCAAGUUUU